AUGGCAACAGAAGCACAGAUCAAGACACUCGGCUCGCCCGUCAAGUUCCACUUCUCCGGUCUGACGGCGCCCAACCGAUUUGCCAAGUCAGCAAUGACAGAGCGACUCUGUCAUGCUACCAACGGUAAACCCAGUGAAGCCUACCUCGAGAUCUAUAGAGAAUGGGGCAGAGGUCAGACGGGUACCAUCAUCCUCGGUAACAUCCCCGUCGAUGUCAGAAGCAAAGAGGCUGUUGGCAACUUUUGCUUGGACCGUGGCAAUGAUCGUUGGGAUGCAGUGACCGAGACCGAAAAAGUCGUCAAAGUCACAAAGGCUUAUGGCUCGCUCUGUAUUGGCCAGCUCACCCACGGCGGAAGACAGACGCCCAAGCAUAUCAACCCCGAGCCUGUCUCUUCGAGCGAGACGCAAUGUCCGCCUGCGAUGGGCAACGACUAUGGCGUUGCGCGUGCAAUGACAGAGGAAGAGAUCCUAGAUCUCAUCGAUCGCUUCGCUUGGGCUGCAGAAGUGCUCUACAAGUCAGGCGCUGAUGGCGCGCAAUUGCAUGCCGCCCACGGCUACCUCCUUUCGCAGUUCCUCAGCCCGAGGAUCAACAAGAGGACAGAUCGAUGGGGCGGUCCCCUCGAGAACCGAUCUCGCAUCCUCUUUGAAGCGGCAAAGGCGAUCCGCAAGCGUGUACCGGACGAGAAGUUCAUGCUGGCCAUCAAGAUCAACUCUGCCGACUUUGCCGACGGCGGCUUCACUGCCGAAGAAUCAAAGAUCACCGUUCAGAAGCUCGAAGAGUACGGCUUUGACCUCAUCGAACUUUCUGGCGGCACGUACGAAUCUCGAGGCUUCGAGCACAAGAAAGAGUCAACGAUUGCUCGCGAAGCCUACUUUGUCGAAUUCGCAAGCCAGUUCAAGGUAGCUCUCAACAAGGCCACUUUGCUCGUCACGGGCGGAUUCAGAUCGGCAAAAGCAAUGGCGCAGGCGAUCGACGAAGGCUCGACUGAUAUGGUUGGACUCGCUCGCCCUCUCUGCGCAGAGCCAGAUCUGCCUAAGCUCAUCCUGAGCGGCAAGAGCACUGGCGCUCGCGAGAACAAGGUCGACGCGAGCAAGCAAACGCCCACAGCCAUUCUUCAAAUCCACGCGAUGGGAGAAGAUCGACCCAUCUAUGACCUCAGCAAGCAAGACACUGUAGACCAGCUGAUGAAGAUACUCGACAAGAAAGAAGCGCCGCCUCAUCCAGAUGGCGUCGACUACCCACCCAUGUAA